UCGGGCCACAUAAAUGAAAGGGGGAACUGUACUCUACGCUGCAUAUGAAAAUAGCUAAAAUUCAUCACCGCAAGUCACUCUUUUACAACACUAAUUGAAUACAAGAGACCGCUGCAUUCACAAAAGUUACUGGGAAAAGGAGCGUCACCUGGAGAUACGGCGGCCGUGUUACGGACCUGCGCUGAGAGGAUGGAUCGGUUCUGGAUGGUGUUAUUUUUCCAUUUGGCUUGCAGUCUCGCAUUCACUCACGUCUUUCUUGUAAAUGAUGGGGCUGCAAAUGGUGAAUCUACUGGCUCAUCGUCUCUACUUCGUUCUCUUGGUUUACCUCAGCACACAGAAUAUGAGAUUGUAUCUCCGUACGAGGUCAACCACCAAGGAGCGUACAUCUCCCACGAGAUUGCCCACCAUCAGCGCAGACGACGACGAUCCUCUUCUCCAGAUGCAUCCACUUCAAACGCGAAAGGCAGCAUUGAAACAACUCACUUCCGGGUGAGCGGCUUGGGGCAGGACUUCCACAUGGAGCUACGGGAGACUUCAGAGACCCUGAUUGCACCUGGCUUCACCAUCCAGGUCCUGGGAAACAACGGCACCAAGAGCCUAAGGGCUUACCAGCAGGACCACCUCUGCUUUUACCAGGGGUCACUGAGGCUAAAGGUCAACUCGUCAGUGGCGCUGUCCACAUGCAUGGGGAUGUCAGGUUUGAUUCGCACUCAAGAUGCAGACUACUUCUUGAGGCCGGUGCCCCACCACUUGGCUCUGAAAGAGAACUUCUCAGCACCAUCUCAUCACCAGCCACACAUCCUCUACAAGAGUGCCAGGGAGAGACGACAUCACCCUCGGGUGUUUCAGAAGAGAUCAUCAGAUUCAGCUCCUAACAAAUCAAACAGGAGUUUUGCCACGAGAAAGCAAACCAAAUUAAAGACUGAUGAACAGGACCAAGGAUGGCAGCAAAGUGAUCAUCCCAGCAACAGUAACAGACAUGUUGACCAGCAGGAGCAUCACAGCAGAGGAAAUUACGACAGCAACCGUCGGCAAGAUGAUGACGACACUUACGAAGAGAAGCAGAGGCAACACUUCUGCGGAAGACGGAAGAAAUACAUGCCGAAACCUCCAAGAGAGCAUCUCUCCCAGCUUCCAGAUGAGUACAAGUUCUUUCCCAGGAACAAGAGGGCGAUUAUUGUAAAGGACCAAAAUAAUCCAAAUCUAAAUGUUGAGACACUGGUGGUAGUGGACAGAAAGAUGAUGGACAACCAUGGCCAUGAGAACAUUACUACAUAUGUUCUAGAUAGAUAGAUAUAGAUAUACGUACAAGUGUCAAGCCUCUUCAAAGAUGGAACCAUAGGAGGGAGCAUCAAUAUCGUUAUAGUGGGACUUGUGCUUCUUGAUGAAGAGCAGGAUGGAUUGGUGAUCAGUCACCAUGCAGACCACACACUGAACAGUUUCUGCCAGUGGCAGUCUACUCUUGGAGGCCAGGAGGGUCAGCGCCAUGACCACGCCAUUCUACUCACUGGACUUGACAUCUGCUCAUGGAAGAAUGAACCCUGUGACACUCUGGGUUUUGCCCCUAUAAGUGGGAUGUGCAGCAAGUACCGUAGCUGCACCAUUAAUGAGGACACAGGUCUAGGAUUGGCAUUCACCAUUGCCCAUGAAUCUGGACAUAAUUUUGGAAUGGUCCAUGAUGGUGAAGGAAACAUUUGUAAGAAGUCAGAAGGCAACAUCAUGUCGCCCACAUUAGCGGGACACAAUGGUAUCUUCUCAUGGUCUGCAUGCAGCCGCCAGUACCUCAGCCGCUUUCUCAACUCGGCCCAGGCUUUGUGCCUAUCAGAUGAACCCAGCGGAGUCAAGGAGUAUCGUUAUCCUGAGAAGCUGCCAGGCGAGCUGUAUGAUGCAGACACACAGUGCAAAUGGCAGUUUGGUGAAAAGGCCAAGCUCUGCACCCUUGAUUUUAAAAAGGAUAUCUGCAAGGCUCUUUGGUGUCACCGCAUCGGGAGGAAGUGUGAGACCAAGUUCAUGCCCGCAGCUGAAGGCUCUUCCUGUGGACCUGAUAUGUGGUGUCGAAGGGGUCAGUGUGUGAAACACGGUGAUGAGGGCCCGAGGCCCCAGCACGGCCAGUGGUCAGAGUGGUCGGCUUGGUCUGUCUGCUCGCGAACUUGCCAAAGUGGUGUCACCUAUCGGGAUCGGCACUGCAAUAAACCGAAACCAGCUUAUGGAGGAAAGUUCUGCGAAGGCUCCUCUCGGUCAUAUAAGCUGUGCAACACUCACGAUUGCCCCCAAAAUGCCGUUGAUUACAGAGCACAUCAAUGUGCUGAGUUCAACAGCAAACAGUUCAGAGGAUGGCACUACACCUGGAGACCAUACACGAGAGUGGACGAUCAAGACAUAUGCAAGCUUUACUGCUUUGCUGAAGGUUAUGACUUUUUCUUUGCCCUGGCCAGCAAAGUCAAAGAUGGUACACUUUGCUCACAGGACAGCUCUAACGUCUGCAUCGAUGGCCUGUGUGAGAGAGUGGGCUGUGACCGUGUGUUGGGGUCCUCAGCUGCACUCGAUGUUUGUGGGGUGUGUAAAGGAGACAACUCCACCUGUAAGACCUACAAAGGACAGUACACAAAGCAGCAUCAUACUCACCAGUACUAUGGUGUGGUCACCCUUCCAGCAGGGGCUCGCUCUAUUCGCGUUGUAGAAUUGAAUACAUCAAGCUCCUACUUGGCAAUGAGGGACACCCAGAAGCGUUACUACCUGAAUGGACAUUGGACGGUGGACUGGCCAGGCAGACAUCCAAUCGCGGGAGCCAUUUUUGAAUAUAAAAGACCUUACAACAGACCAGAGAGCCUCAUAUCAGCUGGACCCAUUAAUGAGACUCUGGUUAUUGAGAUAUUGUUGCAAGGUUUGAACCCAGGUGUACAUUGGGAAUACACUCUGAUGAAAACUGAAGCAAGGAAUCAAAUCAAACACAAUUACACAUGGGCCAUCAUACGCUCCAAGUGCUCGGCAUCAUGUGCUGGAGGCCAAAUGAACACCAAGCCAGCAUGUUACAAAGACAUGCGAGUGCAAGUGAAUACAUCAUCCUGUAAUCCUAGAUUGAGGCCAACUACUGGAAUGAUGCCUUGCAACACCCAACCAUGCCCUGCCAGCUGGUCUGUCGGGGUAUGGGGAGCAUGCAGUCAUAGCUGUGGAGGAGGGGAGCAGACACGGCAGGUCCGGUGUGUCCGAAGAAGUCAAACCAAAGAUGACACCCUUGCUGACUCCCACUGUUCUCAACUGACCCCAGCCAGGAGGCAGGCCUGCAACACCCACAGUUGUCCACCGGCGUGGACGACGAGCCCGUGGUCACAGUGUUCUCACAAAUGCGGUCAUGGCUUGAGGAAGAGGACAGUGUUGUGUACAAGACUCAACACAGGUAGACAAUCACAGACGCUGCAAGAUAGUUUGUGCGUAGGCUUGCCGAAACCUGCUGGUCAAGAAUCCUGCUUCAUCAAACGCUGCCAGAAACAACGCAAAGUCCAGUGGUUUGUCUCAACGUGGCAAGAGUGUUCAGUAACAUGUGACCACGGGUAUCAAGCACGUUUCAUCAAGUGUGCUGAAAAGGAUGCAGCCGGCAGAUACAGAGAACUUGCAGCCAAAAAGUGCCACCACAUCCCAAGGCCCAAAGUGGCUCUCCACCGGCGCUGCAUCUUAGCAGAGUGUCCAGUGCGUACAACCCCAUCACUACAGUGGUGGAACGCACAUACUCAUCCACCUUUACCUCUCCCAAGACCCGAAUGGCAUGCAUCUCCUUGGUCUGAGUGUACAGUGACAUGCGGAGGUGGAGUACAGGCUAGGAUAGUCCAAUGCCUGGCCCAGAGGAAACCCUUUUCUGGUUGUGCCCUCCAUCUGAAACCACCAAUGGCCCAGGCCUGUAAUACCAACUUCUGCCCACAACCUGACCAAAAGGAUUUGGCAUGUCGGGAUUACUUCCACUGGUGUUAUCUGGUGCCACAGCACGGCGUGUGCAACCACAAGUUUUAUGGCAAGCAGUGCUGUCAUUCCUGUUCAAAUUCAAACCUGUAAUCACGGAAGAAUGACUUUGUUUGUGAUGCAGACGGGAAGGUAGUUAAGAUCAUCAAAAGACCAUUCUUGAUUCCCAUGCUUGAAAGGUUGUGCUGAUGUGUGCUCGUGCGAAGCACUAAAACUCUAAAGACAAUUCAAUGGAAGUUUUGGCGAGCUGCAACAACUGAGUCUUUUCCUUGCGAUGCUGGACAUCUGAAAACAAAAACGUCUUGCUGAGAGUGCUACACAGGAAUGUGAUCAGAACGGUGCUAAAAGAACUGAGGUCUUCGGAGAAAUAAACUGGUAUCCCGGCCGAAAAAAAAAGGAAUCCCAGAAAAUGUUCUUGUCAUGUCUCUCAUCUGGAGAAGGCAAGUUCAAACAUCUGAUGCAUUCUUGUUGGCACUACAAUGCCUCCUGAAUAACAGUUAAUGAAAAGGGACAUAGCAAAAUCAUUUUACUGUAAAACUUGAAGAAAAAGUCCAAAGUGAACUUGGAUUAGCUGGAUAAAAAUAUGAUUUUCCAUAUUCAUAAGGUGAAAAAAAACCUUGAAUAAUUGAGGUACGAGUGAUACUAGCUGUAUACUCAGCGGUGCUACAGUGUUGUUUGUCACCACUCCAAUGUGACUUCAAAGUUUCAUGAAUGAACGAAAAUAAUUGUUGACCCAUGUACAGUGUGUUUGUUAUUUAUUGGCUUUAUGAUACACCAUUGCAGGAGAACUGCAUUGGGAAGCAGUAUAACUCACCUUUUUAUUACUCUACCCUUAGCCCAUGAAUAUUUUGUAUCCUGUUUCAUAAAAGGCUGGCUGAAAAAUUGCUCCAUUUAUAAUAGGGAUGCACACUUUUUUUUUCAUACCGAUAACGAUAAAUUCCUAUUCCUCAAGACCGAUAACCGAUAACCUUUUAACAUUUUGAGUUAACUAUAGUUUGUACAAACAUGGAUGAAUCAAAUACUCAAAGAUUUGUCCUCUCCAAAUAUGACAACACCAUUACAACAAAAAUCAAAAGCUGUUUUUUUUUUCUAGAAUUGCACAUUUAUAUUUUUUUAACCAGAUGCUUUGUAUUUAACGGCUUCUCACAUGUAAAUUUUAGCCAAAGUUCAAUAGUUCAAUGCAUGCCAAAAAGAUAGAGUAAACACAUGUAACAUGCCGUAUACAUACAAACAAGUACAGAUAGAAAAAGACCUACAAAUGAACAUGCAGAUGAGUGAAAACGUGCAAAAGCAUUGAUCACCUCACAGAUCAAUAGUCCACAAACUGCGGCCCGCGGGCCGGAUAUAGCCCACCUCCACCUUUUGCCUGGCCCCCUGCACAAUACGAGACAUGCAUCAUCAUUUUUUUCAAUCUGGCCACAUGAUUGAGACUUAUACAUGCAUAAAACGUAACAUUCUAUUCCACCCUUCUGCAGUCUGAACCCCCUCCCUCAAAAAAAAAAAAUUAAA